GCACCAACUCCCAACAACUGCAAGAUACAGCCGCAGCUCCAAAAUCUGCCGCGCUUCCAGCCGCCCGACUUCGAAGGUGAAGAUGGACAGCUUCCACGACCUGAUUCACCGUGCAGCACCCCGCGGGAAUCAGGCCAUUCCGACCAGCUGGAGGAUUGCGGGCCCUUCUCACCCGACACCUUUGUGGAGUAUCGGAGUCGAUCUAGUGGGCAGUGGAUUCUCGCGAAGGUAGAGAAUUUCAAUGCCGACACGCAGACCUACCGCCUGGAUGUGCAGCCCUAUGCCCCAGCAGACAGGGUUCGUGCCCGGCGCCGCGGCUUACCAAAAAGGCAGCAGCUGCUGGGGAAAUGUGGGAGAAUAAGAGUCAUUCGAGACUCCCGUAGUGCCGAAAGAGCGGCCUCUCUGGCUUCUUGUGCCUCUGAAACCUGCCACACAUCCCUGUGUAGGCCGGAGUUAGCAAACGGCCAAGAGCCAGUCGCAGCCUGA